UAGGACGAUCGUCGUACGUCAGUGCCGCUAGAUUUGCCGUUUCCUGUGGCUUCCGGUAGUUGUCCUUCAUUAUAUCUUAUCUACGUCCCUCCUCUUUACCUUCCUAAAGCAAUUGAACUAGAUUCGCACUUUUUCAACCUGCAAGAUGACGGACAUCAACCAUAUCGAACGGCUGAAGACCAGUGACAUGGAACUGGGGGCCACCGAAGCCGUCCAGCGCCAUGCCACUCGUCAUGUCGUAGAACGCAGACCUAUCUCUCAGAGGAAGCUUGAUUUCGAGCAUUCCAGGCCACGAUGGCUGAGGGAGAUGGCUGCUGAGGCCACAGGCGUGUUCUUUUAUGUCUACCCCGGCAUCGCCUCAACCGCAGCCUUCUUCCUCAAUGACACCGAACCCAUUUUUGGUUCUCUCUUCCAGAUUGGAUGGGCAUAUGCCAUUGGCAUUGCUUUUGCUAUCAUAACAUGCGGUCCUACUUCUGGUGGUCACUUUAACCCCGCUAUCACCCUCUGCUUCGCCUACUGGCAAGGCUUCCCAUGGAAAAAGGUCCCCUACUACAUCUUCGCCCAGAUCUUCGGCGCCUUCAUGGCCGGCAUGAUCCUCAUGGGCCAGUACCACGAGCAAAUCUCCGCCUUCACCGCCGCCUCGAAAGCCGCUGGUCGCGGAACCGUAUACAACGGCGGCCCAGCAAGCAUCCUGUGCACGUUCCCCGGCGCGAACCAGAACAAUCUCGGCUACCUCUUCCUAAUCGAGUUCUUCGUAGACAGCUUCAUCGGCAUCGUAAUCUGGGCCUGCCUGGACCCGGCUAACCCCUUCGUCUCGCCCGUCUCGGCCCCCUUCACCAUCGGCCUCGCCUACGCCAACAUGGUGUGGGGCUUCGCCAACAUCAGCAUCUCGACCAACCUCGCGCGUGACCUGGGCACACGCAUCGUGGCGGCCAUUUUCUUCGGCGGCGAGGCGUUCAGCUAUAAGAAUUACUCCUGGAUUGCGAUCUUGGUGAAUGUACCUGCGACGUUCUUUGCGACGGCGUACUAUGAGCUGGUGAUGCGGGAUAGUCUGAAGAAGAUUGGGACGGGCAGGGCGGUGCAUGCGGAGGGGGAGGAGGGGCUGACGAGGCAUUUGAGCCGCGUGGGGGUUAUUGAGGAGGGGAUGGCGGGGGUGUUGAGGAAUGGGGGAGGGAAGGGGGAUGGGAAUGUUUGA